AUGAAAUUUCCUUUUUUUCAACUGUGUGAAACUUUUUUUGAGCAAAAUCGCUAUCCAAAUUGUGAAGAAUGUGAUGGCCCAACUAAUGAAGAUUGGCUAUCUUGUCAGAAAAAUCAAGCGAAUUUAUUUACCGUAACAUAAAGUAUGUGUUGUCCUUAUAAUACUAUUGAUCAUUAAAUUUGUCUAUGUUAUAAAGAAACUAAUUUAUAAUUUAUUUAAGAACCUUUCAUAAAUACUGAAUGUUUAUAUGGUUAUUUUGAAUUAGAUAAUGAACGCUACAGAUGGUAAUUUAUAAAUAAUAUAAAUAGUCCUUCAAUGAUUUAUUAAUUUGUCUAUAUUGUGUAUAAAAUUCUAUAUCUUUUAGCCAAUAUCCAUCAUGCCAAUAUGAAUUAUACAUCAGUUAAUUAGAUUAGACAGAAAAACUUUAGUAGAGUUAUCCAAUUUAAUUACUUUUUGAUGGAAAUGAUAUCAAGUUAGCAUCAUUGUAAUUAGAUAUACAAACUAUCUUAAAUGAUCUAUAGAAUUAUUCCUUUUUAUUGAUAUUGUGA